ACUUGUGUUCUAGACUCAGCAAACUGUGGAUCACAAGCGCCACUCAAUGGGGAAAACAGAGCCUCGAGGCAACGGUCGAGGAAGAAGUCACUGCGCAACAAUGAGUCUGUACAACAUUUCAGAGUGAUAUAUAAAUAAGGGAAAGUAGGUUUUACACUCCACAACGUGGUAGUUUACAACUAUUUCGAAACGCAGUGGCCAUUGGAAACGUUGCUGUGCAGCGCAAUGGCUGCCCAGUGCGACUCUCUGAGCGGAUACUUGCAACAGUCGGACCACGGCUCAAAUAGCGAGCGUAGUACUGACUCCCCGGUCCCCGGCUCGGAGGAUGACUUGAGCGGACCCCAUGCCUUACCAGACCCGGAGUGGACGGAGGAGAGAUUUCGAGUGGACCGCAAGAAACUGGAAAUCAUGUUAUUAGCGGCCACUGGGGGACGAGUCAAUGGUGGCGAGGAUUUCUUUCAGAAGGUCAUGGAUGAAACCAAAACACAGAUAGCGUGGCCUUCCAAACUGAAGAUCGGAGCCAAGUCCAAAAAAGAUCCGCACAUUAAGGUUUGUGGAAAGAGAGACAACGUGAGGGAAGCCAAAGACCGAAUCAUGUCAGUCCUCGACACAAAGCAGACUAACAGGGUAACCCUUAAGAUGGACGUGUCCCACACAGAGCACUCCCACGUCAUCGGCAAGGGAGGCAACAACAUUAAGAAGGUAAUGGAGGACACGGGCUGCCACAUCCACUUCCCCGACUCCAACCGCAACAACCAGGCGGAGAAGAGCAACCAGGUGUCCAUUGCAGGCCAGCCAGGAGGGGUAGAGGCAGCUCGCGCCAAAAUCAGGGAGCUGCUCCCUCUGGUUUUGUUGUUUGAGUUGCCGGCCAUCGUGCAGCCUGACCCAGGCUCCCCCACAGUGCAGCACAUCUCCCAGACCUACAACCUCACAGUAUCCUUCAAGCCCCCCACACGUCUCUACGGGACCACCGGAGUGGUCCGCGGCUCCCAGAACAACUCUAGUGCCGUCAAGAGGGGCACUGCUAUGCUGCUGGAGCACCUGGCGGGAAGCCUGGCCAGUGCCAUCUCAGUCAGUACCCACCUGGACAUCGCCCCUCAGCACCACCUCUUCAUGAUGGGCCGUAACGGCAGCAACAUCAAACACAUCACCCAGAGAACAGGAGCCCAGAUCCACUUCCCCGACCCAAACAGCCCCCAGAAGAAAUCUACUGUCUACAUCCAGGGCACCAUCGAGUCUGUCUGCCUGGCGCGCCAGUACCUCAUGGGCUGCCUGCCGCUGGUGCUGAUGUUUGACAUUAAAGAGGACAUCGAGGUGGAGCCACAGUGUAUCACAGCUCUGAUGGAGCAGCUGGAUGUCUUCAUCAGCAUCAAGCCCAAACCAAAGCAGCCCAGCAAGUCUGUGAUAGUAAAGAGUGUGGAGCGGAAUGCAGUGAACAUGUACGAGGCCCGGAAGUUUCUGCUGGGUCUGGAGAGCAACGGGGUGUCAUCAGCCAUCUCCCCCAUCACCAACGGCCCCUCCCCCACCCUAAUCUGUCCUGUCGGCCUGGACAUCCUGGCCUCAGCUGGCCUGGGGCUGAGCAGUCUGGGCCUCCUAGGUGCAUCAGUGCCCCAUUCUCUCAGUAGCUCCCCGGCUCCAAACUCUGUUCUCAACAGUCUGAACUCUUCCAUGAGCCCUAUGCAGAACCCCAGCCCCAGCACCCCAUCUCCCUCCCCCUCACUGUGGCCCAGCUCUCUCACCAGCACCCAAAGCUUCUCGUCGCAGUUGAUGAUGCACCCUGUAGCCCAGGCCACUCUGAGCAGUAUCCUGCUCUCUGGGGUCCAGGGGUACACCCAGAACACCCCCUCCCCUCCCCCUGGGCUUGCCCCAAUCGACAAGCAGACCAACGGGGUCCCUGACUGCUCCAAAGGCCCCUGUACCCUCAAUGGACAUGUCAAGCAUCCUGGCUCAGUCUAUGGUAGGAUGUCCAGUGCGUCACUGGCAGACACGGUUCUGAACCCCAACCAGUGUGACUCAGUCCAGGAGGCCAGCGGACACAACCCGUCAGAACCCCGCUCCAGCAAGUCCAACCAAGACGAAGGCUCUGACACCUUUGUGGAAGUGGGCAUGCCCAGAAGCCCAUCUCACUCAGCAAAUGGAAACGAGCUGAAACAGAUGCUGGCUUCCUGUAAGACGUCAGGGAAACGGCAAGCGGUGGAGCUCCUCCAGGGGACCAAGAACUCCCAUCUCCAGUAUGUCUGUCCAGAGCUACACUCAGACUGCCUACUGUCAGACCCAGAGUCGAGUGCUUCAGACAGCCCUGUGACAGAUAAGAGGGCUCCGGGCAGUGAGCGGGCAGCAGAGAGGGCAGCACAGCAGAACGAGAGGGACAGGAUCCGCUUGGCACCACAUUCUUCCUUUGCCAACAUGCAGGUACAACUAGAGGCACUUGAAUAUGAACAGAAAAAGCUGUUAGCAACCAAGGCCAUGUUGAAGAAGCCUGUUGUGACUGAGGUGCGGACCCCCACUAACACGUGGAGUGGUCUGGGUUUCUCCAAGUCUAUGCCAGCAGAGACCAUCAAGGAGCUGCGCAGGGCCAACCACGUGCCCUACAAACCCACCAUGAGUACCACCUACGAGGUAAACUCCGACUAUGAGGGCUCCCCCCUGUCCCUCUCCCGCUCCGGCAGCAGAGAGGGCGUGGGCAACGGCAGUGACUCUGAGAACUGGAGAGACAGGAACGGGGGUGGGAACGGACUUCCCGGCCACGCCGAAUUCCCAGUGUCUGUUUGCAGUCCCAAGAGGAAGCAGAACAAAUCUGCUGCAGAGCACUAUCUGAGCAGCAGUAACUACAUUGACUGUAUCUCCUCGGUCACCGGGAGCAACGGCUGCAGUCUCCAGUCCUCUCUGAAAGGGUCGGACCUGCCGGAGCUGUUCAGCAAGCUGGGCCUGGGGAAAUACACUGACGUGUUCCAACAACAGGAGAUCGAUCUCCAGACCUUCCUCACUCUUACAGACCAGGACCUGAAAGAGCUGGGCAUCACCACAUUUGGAGCACGCAGAAAAAUGCUGCUUGCCAUCUCCGGUGUGAAUGACUAUGAACUGAACAAGAACCGAAGGAAGCUGUUUGAGGCUCCUAUCAGGUCCUCCUUCCUGGAAGGGGGAGCCAGCGGUCGUCUGUCUCGUCAGUUCCACGCUGACAUGGCCAGUGUCAGUGGCCGGUGGUAGAGCUCCACUCCACCAGGACCUAACACAACAGAGAACCAGUCUUCAGUGCCUCUCUUUGGGCUUCUGUAGGCCAGUCUACAGCCUCUCUGGGUCUGACCAAUGACUAUUCAACUCUUUUUUUUAAAGGCCAUAACAAAAAGCCAUAGUUUAACCAGAAGUGCCAAAAAAGAGAAGAGACAUCUCAUUGGUAUAGAAAGUCCAGUGUUCACUCCACAUAGUGCUUAGAUGUUUCUGUGGAGUAAUCUACGCAUGAAGGGUAUUUUACUAGUUAUGAAGGACAGGUACUGCCCAGUAGUUGUCCAUUUUUGUUAAAGGGAACAGGCCAAAUGAUUAGUACAAAAUAAUUACAUUGAUACCAUCUGCAUUCGUAGUAUGCUGUUGUAUCAAUGACAUGCACUUUAACAAUACUAGACUUUUGCCUGUGAAAGCCUGAUUCCUCAUUGGAAUACCUAUGCAUUUUGUAUUAACUCAAAGCACAGAUGUAUUUGUACCAAGCCAAAUGUACGCACUUAUUGAGAUGGAGAAAUUAAGUUCAAAGGUCAAAGUGAGAUCAUUGACUAAACGCAGAACCUAGAGCAAUGACCUUUGACCCCUCAUUGUUUUGAUUGAUUGACAUUCCACGAAGGUCAGUGUUGUAUCCACCAGCAGCUGCUGCAGUUGGGAUGCAGUCUGUCUGUAUGUCAUACACUACCGGUCAAAAGUUGUAGAACACCUACUCAUUCAAGGGUU